AAUUCUGCCGUUUCAAAGUUACCGCAGAAAGUUAAGAGGAAGUGAAAGAUAAAAAUUCUCUGUGUAGGGCGGCAUGAAGUUUGUUGCUGUUGGUGGUAGUCUGUGGGCUCUCCAAAGACCGUUGACCUUACUGGUACUUUUGUCGACUUUGUCAUCUUCACUUAAAACUGAAGAUGCAAAAAAAUUUCAAAUGUACACUCACACGGAGAAACAGAGAUACGAUGGCUGGUAUAAUAAUCUUGGACAUCCGGACUGGGGAUCCAUUGAAAGUCAACUCACAAGAAAGACACCAGCAUUUUACUCAGAUGGAGUUUAUAUGUUAGCCGGGGACGACAGACCAAGUCCUAGGAAGUUAAGUCAAGCUCUAAUGCGAGGGCAAGAUGGUUUACCAUCUUUGCGUAAUCUCACGGCACUUUUUACAUUCUUUGGUCAAGUAGUGACAGACGAAAUACUGAUGGCCAGCGAAGCGGGGUGCCCUAUUGAGCUUCAUAAGAUUGAGAUCGACACUUGUGACGCUACUUAUGACAAGUCCUGUAGGGGAGAAAGAUUCAUGCCGUUCCAUCGAGCCUUGUACGACUCUAAGACAGGACAGUCACCAAAUAGCCCUAGAGAGCAAAUCAACCAAAUGACUAGUUGGAUUGAUGGAAGUUUUGUUUACAGUACAAGCGAAGCAUGGAUAAACAGUAUGCGGUCUUUUGAAAAUGGAACUUUGAUCACUGACUCUAGUGGACUUUUCCCUCCAAGAAACUAUAUGAGAGCUCCAUUGAUUAAUUCUCCACCAGCAAAAUAUUUGGGUACUUUGAGUCCAGAAAGAAUGUUUUUGUUAGGAGAUCCAAGAUCCAAUCAGAAUCCAGCGUUACUUGCAUUCGGGAUUGUUUUCUUCCGAUGGCACAACUUUCAAGCAAGAAAAAUUCAGGAAGAACACCCCGAUUGGUCAGAUGAAGACGUAUUUCAAAGAGCGAGGCGAUGGGUGAUUGCUUCGAUGCAAAAUAUCAUCCUCUAUGAAUACAUUCCAACUCUGAUAGAGGACGAAAUUGCACCUUAUUCAGGCUAUAAGCCCGACGUCCAUCCUGGAGUUAGCCACGUGUUCCAGAGUGCCGCUUUUCGCUUUGCCCACACCAUGAUACCACCAGGAUUGUAUCGGAGGGACGGAAAUUGCGAUUUUAAGAAAACAACGAGUGGCUAUCCAGCAAUUCGAUUGUGCUCAACAUGGUGGAAUUCUGAGGAAGUACUUCUCGAAUCUGGAGUAGAAGAACUUCUGAUGGGUAUGGCUUCGCAAAUAGCAGAGCAGGAAGAUUCUGUUUUGUGCAGCGACGUCAGAGAUAAACUUUUUGGGCCUAUGGAUUUCACCAGAAGAGAUCUUGCAGCUUUGAACAUAAUGCGAGGAAGAGACAAUGGACUACCUGAUUAUAACACUGUUAGACGCUACUUCCAGUUGCCAGAACUCACAAAUUGGUCUCAAAUAAAUCCUCAAUUAUAUGAGAAGAAACCAGAGAUGUUUGAGGCUCUGGAGAAAGCAUAUGAGGGCAACAUGAAGAAUAUUGACCUCUACAUAGCAGGCAUGGUUGAAACAGAGGUUGAUGGAAGACCAGGACCUCUCUUCCGAAGUAUCAUAAAAGAGCAGUUCGAAAGACUUCGGGAUUCAGACCGGUUCUGGUUUGAAAACACAGCAAAUCUUAUUUUUACAGAAUCUGAAAUUGAAGAAAUAAAAGCUUUGAAGCUCAGAGACAUCAUUAUUCACGCAACUGGAAUUGAAUCGGAACAUCUGCAGGACAAUAUUUUGUUUUGGAAAGAAGGUGAUAUGUGCCCUCAACCAGCGCAGCUCAACGCAACUAUGAUGGAACCUUGUUUAAUUUUUGAUGGUUAUGACUACUUUCAUGGAAAUGAAGUUGCAUACAUAUACUCUUGUAUCAUUUUAGCAUUCAUACCAAUAGUUUGUGCUGGAAUUGGAUAUGGCGUCAUAAAAUUGCAGAACAAGCGACGUCGAGAAAUAAAAUUGAAAAGAAGCAAAAAUCAUGGGAAAAAUUUUGACAAGUUAUAUGUUAAAGAAUGGCUCCAUCAGAACUAUAAAAGGUGCGUAAAAGUCAAAAUAGGACCAGAAGAAACAAUAUCGACGCUUAACAGAAAAGGCGAAAUUUUAAGAAAAAUUGAUUUUAAAUCUGUUAGCUCACUGGUUGUUGAAAUUACAAGAGAAUCGAGUAAAAAGCCAAUGCUUCUUAUUAGAUCCCCAAGAGAUCACGACCUGGUAUUGCAAUUUGAAAAUCUGCAAGGAAGAAACAAGUUCCUCCACAAACUCGAAAAUUUUCUUAUAGGCAAAAACAAGACGUUGGAAAAGAUCCAGACAUACAGAGAUGCCAUGCUCGCAAACGCCGAGACUAAAGAAAAAAGACAGAAAAGGCUGGAGCACUUCUUCAGAGAAGCCUACGCACUGACUUUUGGCUUGAAACCUGGCGAGCGGAGGAAAUUAGAAGAUAUUGGAAAUGAUAUUAUCAUGGUAAUGCGUACAUCCUUAUCCAAAAAUGAAUUUGCCGAAGCUUUGGGUAUGAAACCGGACUCGCUGUUCGUCAAACGCAUGUUCAACUGCGUUGAUAAAGACAAGGAUGGUCAAAUAAGCUUCCAAGAGUUUUUGGAUACUGUUGAUCUCUUUUCUCGAGGAAAAAUUGACGCGAAAUUGCGUGUCAUCUUUGAUAUGUGCGAUGAUGAUGGUAAUGGCGUCAUCGACAAACAAGAGCUCACAAAGAUGUUACGCUCUUUAGUUGACAUAGCAAAGACAAAUUCCUUAGGCGAGGACCAAGUUAUGGAGCUCAUCAAAGGGAUGUUUGGAACAGCAGGUCUAGAUUCCAAGGAAAAACUCAAUUACGAAGAUUUUAAAGUUUUAAUGAAAGAAUUUAAAGGGGACUUCAUUGCAAUAGGCUUAGACUGCAAAGGUGCGAAGCAAAACUUUUUAGACACGUCUACAAAUGUCGCCAGAAUGACAAGUUUUCAAAUAAAUCACCACCCCGAUGAAAGAAAAAACUACUGGAGACAGAAAUACAACCACAUUGUAACAUUUUUGGAAGAAUACAGGCAACACAUUUUCUACCUCUUCGUUUUCUAUGUCAUAAAUCUCGUCUUGUUUCUUGAAAGGUUUAUAUAUUACACGUACUUCACGGAGCACAUGGACUUACGACACAUCAUGGGAGUAGGCAUAGCAUUCACGAGGGGAUCCGCUGCGUCCUUGUCCUUCUGCUACUCCGUGUUGCUGCUCACGAUGUGCAGGAACCUUAUCACCAGGAUUCGUGAAGUUUCGCUUCAGCAGUUCAUCCCUCUGGAUUCGCAUGUGCAGUUUCAUAAGAUCGUUGCGUUGACCGCUCUUUUCUUCACAGUUGUCCAUUCUGUUGGCCAUUGCAUCAAUUUUUACCAUGUUUCAACACAACCAUUAGAUCAUUUGCGGUGUUUAACGCAAGAAAUGCAUUUCGACUCUGAUUUUAAACCUACGAUAGCUUUCUGGUUAUUCAAAACUGUAACUGGUAUAACUGGUGUUUUAUUAUUUGCAAUUGUAUGCAUUAUUUUUAUUUUUGCUCAUCCGAAGAUUCGUGAGAAAGCUUACAGUUACUUUUGGAAAUCACACAGUCUAUAUGUACUUUUGUAUAUUCUCUGUUUAGUCCAUGGGCUUGCAAAAUUAACGGGAAGUCCUCGGUUUUGGCUAUUUUUCAUUGGUCCAGCAAUUGUGUUCACCUUGGAUAAGAUAAUUAGUUUACAAACAAAAUAUAUGGAGCUUGAAAUAAUAAACACAGAACUACUACCUUCUGAUGUCACACGCGUCAAAUUCGCCAGGCCACCCAACUUCAAAUAUUUGUCUGGACAAUGGAUUCGCCUGAGUUGCACGGCAUUCCGGAAUGCCGAGUACCAUUCAUUGACGCUUACGUCCGCGCCGCACGAAAAUUACUUGUCCGUCCACGUCAAAGCCCAAGGACCCUGGACGUGGAAACUUCGCAACUAUUUUGAUCCUAACAACUUAAGUGACGGUCCCUUACCAAAAAUUCGCUUGGAAGGGCCAUAUGGUGGUGGUAACCAAGACUGGUAUAAGUUUGAAGUGGCUGUAAUGGUCGGCGGAGGAAUUGGUGUUACUCCAUACGCAUCGAUACUUAACGAUUUGGUGUUCGGAACAUCUACAAACAGGUACUCUGGCGUCGCAUGCAAAAAAGUAUAUUUCCUGUGGAUAUGUCCUUCUCACAGGCAUUUCGAAUGGUUCAUCGAUGUCUUAAGAGACGUGGAGAGAAAAGAUGUUACUAACGUUCUAGAAGUUCAUAUUUUUAUUACACAGUUCUUCCACAAGUUUGAUUUGCGAACGACAAUGCUGUACAUUUGCGAGACUCAUUUUCAAAGGAUAUCCAAUUGCAGCAUGUUUACGGGUCUGAAAGCUAUAAAUCAUUUUGGCAGACCUGAUAUGACUGGAUUUCUGAAGUUCGUUCAACAACAACACGCAUACGUGAGCAAGGUAGGCGUGUUCAGCUGCGGACCAUCAGCAAUGACGAAAAAUAUAACAAAAGCCUGUGAAACGGUGAACAAUAAUAGAAAACUACCGUACUUCAUUCAUCACUUUGAGAAUUUCUAAUGACGUCAUUGUCGCAUGGACGCCAUUCAGAACAAACACUUCUUGCCACUUUUUACAGCAGGUUCUUUACAUUCUGAUGAGUGGUUCCUCUAAAUCAGAUCGUGAACCUAGCGACUGUGAUUAUACGAGUAUAGUUUAUCUAAUGUUAUGCCAAAUGUGUUUCGAUGUCUAAUCGAAAUAAUUUAUUUUGUGAAAGUGUUUUUCUUAACUUCUAUUUUACGAUUUUUUAUUGAAAUUUUUA